GUGAGUGUGUGUGUGUAUGUGCGUAGCUGUGCAGCAAACUGAAUACAUGCGGUAUUUAUGUGGUUAUGUAGCUGCGGGGCGCGGAGAACACAGCCAUUUAUUUUACAUAUAACGCGAUUUUAAUUAGAACAUUUUUGCACCCAAAAUCUCACUCACUUGGGCUAAAUCCGCUGAAGGGAGCUCCAAUCCGCGUGUUAAAAAGGAGGGAGAGCGGAGUUUUGGGGGGGGAAAGUGCGCGGCUAGAGAGAGGCUUUCACUCCGGCCUUCCGUCCAAAAGAGCCGGGAGCUGGAGUUCAGCACCCGCCGAAGAGAGGCGCGAUGGCUGUGAACCUGGACAAGGAAGCGUAUUACCGCCGAAUUAAACGACUGUACGGCAACUGGAAGAAAGGUGAGGAUGAGUUUGGGAAGGUGGAUGCCAUUGUGGUGUCUGUUGGUGUUGAUGAGGAGAUAGUCUAUGCUAAGUCCACAGCUCUUCAGACAUGGUUGUUUGGUUACGAGCUGACAGACACUAUAAUGGUGUUCUGCGAGAGCAAGAUCAUCUUCCUAGCCAGCAAGAAGAAGGUGGAGUUUCUUAAACAGGUCGCCUCCACCAAGGGCAACGAGAACGCCAAUGGAAUCCCACCCAUCACUCUUCUGGUCCGGGAGAAGAACGAGAGUAACAAGGCUAACUUUGAGAAGAUGAUGGAGGCGAUUCGUGGAAGUAAAGCAGGGAAAUCCGUGGGCGUCUUCAUCAAGGACAAAUUUCCUGGGGAGUACAUGAAGAGCUGGAAUGACAUGAUUACAGCUGAGGGCCUGGAAAAGGUGGAUAUCAGUGCUGUGGUGGCGUAUACGAUGGCAGUAAAAGAGGAUGGUGAGCUGAACCUGAUGAAGAAAGCAGCUGCUAUCACCAGCGAUGUCUUCACAAAGUUCUUUAAAGAGAGGGUCAUGGAGAUUGUAGAUGCAGAAGAGAAAGUGAAGCACAGUCGACUUGCCGAGUCUGUAGAGAAGGCGAUCGAGGACCGAAAGUAUCUGAGUGGGGCUGACCCCUCAACUGUGGAGAUGUGCUACCCUCCAAUCAUCCAGAGCGGUGGCAACUACAGUCUCAAAUUCAGUGUGGUCAGUGAUAAGAACCACAUGCACUUUGGAGCAAUCACCUGCGCAAUGGGCAUUCGCUACAAGUCGUACUGCUCAAAUCUGGUACGCACCCUCAUGGUGGACCCACCACAAGAAAUGCAGGACAACUACAACUUCCUCUUGCAGGUGGAGGAAGAACUGCUCAAGGAACUCAAACACGGUGUAAAGAUCUGUGAUGCUUACAACGCUGUGCUUGAAUAUGUCAAGAAGGAGAAAUCGGACCUGGUCAGCAAGCUCACAAAAAAUUUAGGGUUUGCCAUGGGGAUUGAAUUUAGAGAAGGCUCCCUGGUCCUAAAUGCAAAGAACCAGUACAAACUCAAAAAAGGUAUGGUGUUGAGUAUAAGUCUGGGAUUUGCUGACAUGACGAACAGCGAGGGGAAGAAGGACGAACAGAAGAAAUAUGCCCUGUUCAUUGGAGAUUCUGUUCUCAUCAAUGAGGAAGAUCCUGCCACUGUAUUAACUCCAGUUAAAAAGAAGAUUAAGAACGUGGGAAUCUUCCUCAAGAAAGAUGAUGAAGAGGAUGAAGAUGAGGAUGAAGAUAAUGCAGAGGAUCUGCUGGGUAAAGGAGCUCGUGCUGCCCUGCUGGUUGACAGAACCAGAAAUGAGUUGACCGCAGAAGAGAAGAGACGAGCCCAUCAGAAGGAACUUGCCAAUCAGAUGAACGAAGAGGCCAAGCGUCGUCUUACAGAACAGAAGGGUGAACAGCAAAUCCAGAAGGCCAGGAAGUCGAACGUGUCGUACAAGAAUGUGUCCCAGAUGCCUCGUGAGAAGGACAUCAGAGACAUGAAGAUUUUCAUUGAUAAGAAGUAUGAGACGGUCGUCAUGCCAGUGUUUGGAAUAGCUACACCGUUUCACAUUGCCACCAUAAAGAAUAUUAGCAUGUCAGUGGAAGGAGACUACACAUACCUGAGAAUAAACUUCUUCGUGCCGGGCAGCUCACUUGGCAGACACGAGGGCAACAUCUUCCCUAACCCUGAGGCCACCUUUGUCAAAGAGAUUACGUAUCGCGCAUCAAACCUCAAGUCCCCUGGCGACCCCUCGGUGCCCUCCACCAACCUGCAGAAUGCCUUCCGCAUCAUCAAGGAGGUGCAGAAACGCUACAAGACACGUGAGGCUGAGGAGAAGGAGAAGGAAGGCAUCGUCAAGCAGGACUCUCUGGUCAUCAACCUGAACCGCAGCAACCCCAAGCUCAAAGACCUUUACAUUCGACCCAACAUCGCCCAGAAGAGAAUGCAGGGCUCUCUAGAGGCACAUACUAACGGUUUCCGUUUUACAUCUGUGCGUGGUGAUAAAGUGGACAUUCUCUACAACAACAUAAAACAUGCUGUAUUCCAGCCCUGCGACGGAGAAAUGAUCAUUGUGCUGCACUUCCACCUGAAGAACGCGAUAAUGUUUGGUAAGAAGAGGCACACGGACGUGCAAUUCUACACUGAGGUCGGUGAGAUAACCACAGAUCUCGGGAAGCACCAGCACAUGCACGACCGCGAUGACCUGUACGCUGAGCAGAUGGAGCGUGAAAUGAGGCACAAGCUGAAGUCAGCCUUCAAGAACUUUAUUGAGAAGGUGGAGACUCUUACCAAGGAGGAGCUGGAGUUCGAGGUUCCCUUCCGAGACCUCGGCUUCCAGGGCGCCCCCUACCGAAGCACUUGCCUUCUGCAGCCGACGUCCAGCUCACUUUGCAACGUUACAGAGUGGCCUCCUUUUGUUGUUACUCUGGACGAGGUGGAGUUGGUCCAUUUUGAGCGUGUGCAGUUUCACCUCAAGAACUUUGAUAUUGUUAUCGUUUAUAAAGACUAUAGUAAGAAAGUGACCAUGAUAAACGCAGUGCCUGUGAACUCCCUCGACCCCAUCAAAGAGUGGCUGAACUCGUGUGACAUCAAGUACACAGAGGGAGUGCAGUCUUUGAACUGGACCAAGAUCAUGAAGACCAUCGUUGAUGAUCCCGAGGGCUUUUUUGAACAGGGUGGCUGGUCCUUCCUUGACCCUGAGAGUGAGGGUGAAGGUGGGGUGGAUGACUCUGAGUCUGAGAUGGAAGACGAGACGUUCAACCCUUCAGCCGAUGAAGAAGAGGAAGAGGAGGAGGACAGUGAUGAAGAUUAUUCUUCUGAGACGGAGGACUCUGACUACAGCGCCUCCCUGGGUAGUGAAGAGGAGAGUGGUAAAGACUGGGAUGAACUGGAGGAAGAAGCCAGAAAAGCUGAUAAAGAGAGUAACUAUGAGGACGAGGACACGUCCACCAGAAAGAGAAAGGGCCGGUCAUCAGCCCCUCCUCCCAGCAGCAAGAAGAAGCGGCGGCAUUGAGUCUCCCGUGCACUUAAACUCUUACACCCACACUCACCCACCACACUGCCAAAACAUGGUGGUUUUUUUCUUCUUUUUUUUUUUUAACAACUUUUCUCUAUGGCUCUCCCCUCGUCCACUCACUCAUAUACACACACUGUAAAUAAAGGAUUGGCCCCUUCGAUUUGUGUUAGAUGGUGAAGAUCAUGAUUUUGUCGUUCCAGAGAGCAGAAACAUUCAACUCACCUUCAUCCUCCUCCUCCAUUCCUGUUUGGCAUUGUGUCUCUCAGUAUGUGUGCAUUUGAACUCAUGGAAGAGGGUUUUGUAAAUUUCACCAAAUGGUUUUUGUUUAACCCUUAGCGCUUCAUAAGUCCUUCCUUUUUUUUCUCUCUCUCUUUCAUCCUGCCACGUGCAUUUUAGGACGUUCCUCUCGUUUCUCCUUGUUCUGUACUUUCCUCUCAGUCCCCCACGUACCUCUACGUUCCAGUUUUUUAUUUUUGUUCUUGCUCAGCGCUUAAGGAGCAUAUUGAUAUUGAUAGACUUGUGUAUAGAUUCAAUUUGGUUCUGCCUUUGUUCCUGUUCUUUUUUUUGGAUGGGUGGGGGGUUGGAUUAAAGGAAGGACAUGGGGAAGAACCACACAGAUAAGACAUUUACAGAUGUGAUGUGAACGUACACUGUCUUAUGUUAUGACUAUUUUUCUUCAUUUUGAAUUGGUAGUCUUGUAUUGUUGAAUAAAAAAAAAUCUUUUUUUCCCCUUUUUUAAUAAAUUUAAAGGAAAUAAAAUAAAUAUUGACAUUUCA